AUGAGCUUGGAGAAGUGCCAAAAUAUAACAUCUUUGAAUCUCAAUUUAGAGGGUAAUAACUUUGGUGCAGAUGAGGCUAAGAACAUUGGAAUGAGCUUGGAGAAGUGCCAAAAUAUAACAUCUUUGAAUCUCUAUCUAAUGGGUAAUAACUUUGGUGCAGAUGGAGCUAAGAACAUUGGAAUGAGCUUGGAGAAGUGCCAAAAUAUAACAUCUUUGAGUCUCUAUCUAUGUGAAAUUGAAACUUAAAACAAAUGGGUUUGGAGAAUUAAUUGA